AUGGGUAAUCAAGGUGCAAAAAGAAGAAAGCAACAGAAUGAAAGUGAAAUAUUCAAACUAAGAGUUGCUAUUCUCUCUGUGAAUGUAAUAUAUUAUUUGUAUAGAGUUUACUAUCAUGGUGAUAGCUUUGGUGGUUGGAAUUGGUUCCUCUGGAUCGUCAGUCUUUUGUUGGUCGGUAUUGCCUAUUUCCUCAUCAGUCUCAUGGCGAAACCAACAUUCCAAGAUGGUGAAUUGAUCGAUGGUGGUGCUGAUCUCUCAAUGAAAGGUUUAGUUGAAUACUACUUUGAUACAAUUUAUAUUUGUUUAAUUAUCUUGAUAUUAGGUUUGUUUAGUGAUAAAGCAUUCCUCAUCAUGUUGAUUAUCCCAGUAUUUGCAUUCUACCAAUUGUGGGUCAAGUUUUUGGGUCCAUGGUUCUUCCAACAACCAUCAGAGGAUACAAAUCAAAUGGAAACAAAGAGUAAAAGAAGAGAGAAAAUGGAAAAGAAAGCAAAUAAGAUUAAAUACUCAAGAUAG